UGCGAUUUUGGGCAUCGCGCAAAGUUCUCACCUUCGCAAAGUGAAGUCCAAGUUUUCUUCCACCGUGUUUGUGGCGUGUUUGGAGUCCAAGACACUGGACCCAAGCUCCCACCAAAGAUUCAGGAUUCCUCUGGUUUUGUCUAAGAUGACGAACACCUAGUUCGGGAUUACACAAUCUUUGUCCCAAAACAAGAUUCUUCACCCUAGGCACCUAGCCAAGGGACACAACCAUGGCGGACAGCAAGUACAUCACGCUCGUUUCGCGAGACGGCUUCGAGUUCGUCGUCCUGCGCGAAGCGGCCCUCGUCAGCCCGACCAUCAAGGGCAUGCUGCGGAGCCAGUUCAUCGAGGCGCGGACGGGCCGGUGCUGCUUCCCUGAGAUCGACGGUGUCAUUCUUGAGAAGGUGGUAGACUAUUUCCACUACUGGUACCGCAACCGGGACAAGGAGGAGGUGCCCGACAUGGAGAUCCCCGUCGAGCUGUGCCUGGAGCUGCUGAUGGCGGCCAACUACUUGAAUCUAGAACCCGCGACAGGCUUGAGAGACUGGACGUGAGCGAUGUUUCCGAAGUGCAUUUUCGACAAGGCAUUUUA